AUGGUAUUACGGACGGCCCUGCUCGCCGCCGCCUUGUCGCUUGGUGGCCUAAACUUGGUCGCUGCGGACCAGCUACGACCUCUCCAUGAUAUCCCCAAAGGAGUCGCGAGAGAAGUCAUUUCGGAUUCUGGGUCUUCAAGCUUAAACAGGCUUGAUUCGCGGUUUAGCUCUGAUUCCAAUACUACCAGCUCGACCAGUGACCAGCCUGCUGAGGUUGUCAUCGUCCCCAUUACCCUCUCCAUCGAUGCUAAUGGCGUAACUCACACCAUUACCGGCGUCGCCAGGACUACUCCAGCCACGGCUGUUGCUUCAACUACGACAAAAUCUGCUGUGGACGCGGUGACUGCCACUACAACUACAACCACCGGUUCGACGUCAACAACGAAGUCUUCAACGACCAAGACUACCACUGAAACAUCGACUACUGCCACCGCAACGUCGACCACUGCCGCAACAUCGACCACUUCCGCAACGUCGACCACUGCCACAGGAACUUCGACCACUUCCGUAGAGAGUUCGACCACUUCCACCGCAACGUCGACCACUGCCACAGGAACUUCGAGCACUUCUGCAGACAGUUCAACUACCUCCACUGCAACUUCGACCACUGCUACGGGAACUUCGACUACUUCUGCAGACAGUUCAACUACUACCAUAUCAAGUGUGACCACCGGCACAGGAACUUCGACCACUUCUGCAGACAGUUCGACCACUACCAUAUCAAGUGUGACCACCGGCACAGGAACUUCGACCACCUCUGCAGACAGUUCGACCACUACUAUAUCGAGUGUCACCACUGGUACAGGAACUUCGACCACUUCUGCAGACAGUUCAACUACUACUAUAUCGAGUGUCACCACCGGCACAGGAACUUCGACCACCUCUGCAGACAGUUCGACCACUACGAUAUCGAGUGUCACCACCGGUACAGGAACUUCGACCACCUCUGCAGACAGUUCGACCACUACGAUAUCGAGUGUCACCACCGGUACAGGAACUUCGACUACUUCCGCAGACAGUUCGACCACUACCAUAUCAAGUGUGACCACCAGUACGGGAACAUCUACCACUUCCGCAGCGACUUCGACUACUACCACCGAUGGUAAUCUAAUUGAUAGCGUUUUAACCAGUCUUCUUGGUUCGACUACCAGCACGAUAGCGGCUAGCUCGACUAACUCUCCUGGCACCUCUAAUACUUCUGUGGAAACUACCCAAGUGGUGACAUCCAGUGGUUCUAGUACUGCCAUGCCAACAUCCACUAGCUUGUUCUCUGCGGAAACUACCAAAGUGGUGACAUCCAGUGGCUCUACUGCUGUCACGCCAACAUCCGCUAGCUCGUCCGGAGGCUUGCUUGACAUUCUUUCGUCCGAUUCCACCAUCACUGCGUCCGGAACCAUUUCAAUUAUCCCCUCUCCGUCAGCCACCAGUUCCUCCGGAGGCUUGUUGAGUGACCUCCUCGCUACCACCGCGUCUACUAUCACUGCUCCUGGCAACUCAUCUACCACGGCUACCGCCUCGUCUACUCCCUCAUCAAACUUGCUUGACAGCGCCUUGCCUACAAUUUCUGUCAGUGUCCCUGAGUCGACACCCACGUCUUCAAGUUCUACCAAUGUUGGUUCGAGCACGGAUACUGUGAUACCUUCGACAUCUUUGGCUAUCAUGCCCUCCAGCUUGUCCAGUGUUCUUUUCCCAACCUCAACCUCUACUUCUACCUCUACUGAAGUGGGAGCUUCCGUGCCAGUAAUCCCAACUGCCACAGCGCCUAGUGGCUCGAUUAUUCCCGCUCCUUCGACCAGUGGUUUGAUUACAUCGGCUUCGUCCGCGACUGGGACCAGUCAGCCUACGCCUUCUGCGACGCUCGUAACAACCACUACUAGUAGCACAGAGAACUCCAUUACCACCACGAAGGCUGCUACGGAAACCACCACGGGAACCACCACGGAGACUACCACGGAGACUAGCACCGCUGAGCAAGCUUCUAAUACCAAUGGCUUUGUUCCAUCAAGCAUCCUGGUUGAGCCUACACCGACUGCUGAGGAGACAACCACCGAGGAGACUGCCACCAUCGCUCCGACUGAAUUACCUGGCUCUAUCUCUCCUGCCAGUGGCACCCCUGAGGCCCCCGAAGGAUCUACUUUGAUUCAGCUAGGCUUUACCAGGCCUCUUCGGUACUCGUUCGUGGCUACUCACCCACUAUCUUCCUCGCAGAUUUUCUUAUACGUCCCAGAGGGUCUUGAGUAUGCCCUGCAGGCCUUGAGCAAGAACAUUGUCAUGUCUUCUAUUCAACCAUAUGACAAUUCUGCAAGCACUGGUUAUAUUGCUACUGUUGCCCAGGCUUACAUUCCCUCGGACGAUGUUGACACGCUGGACAAGAUGCUUCACAACCCUAUUUCAAUGCUCUAUGAGCAGCCUAACGGCUCUGUGAAGACUCUGCUGUCAAUGCUUGAUCCUUCAAUUCCUCUUGUCGUUGGAAGUUCUGAUGAUUCCUCUUCUGGUAGCUCUUCAUCUAGCACCGCUAAUUACAACUCGGGUAGCAACAACGGUGGCACUGCCAACAAGAACAUUUAUGAUGACUCCGUUGCUGGUGCCAAUAGCAGCUCUUCGGCUAAGCCUAGUUCCGUUGGAAUUGGCGUUGGUGUUGUUGCUGGUGCUGCUGCCUAUGGAGCUGGUAUGUUCUGGGUUGCUCGUCGCUAUCGGAAGAAACGUCAACUCCACCGCCGCACUAACUCCAGUGUCGAACAAAUGAGCGAGGGCGUUGCUGGACCACUGUUUGCUGCUGGUGGCCGCCUUUCUCGUGGCAGCCAGAACAGCCGAGGAAGCCAAAGAACCCAGAUGAUCAGUGCUCCCGUCAUGGCAGAGAAUUCCCUCGGAUGGAAUUAG